UCACCUCUGAUGUUGCGGUGCUGAGAAUCCAUCGACCCAGAAACUACAACUACUUACCUUAAGCCUUGUGGCAAAGAAUCCGCAUCCCUCCUUAACUUGCAAUGGCGUUCUUCUCCACUUUCUUCCUCAAUUCCCUAGAAUCUGAGUUAACUCUGCAUUUCUCUAUUCUCCAUCAAAUCCACAAUAACACCUAAUUUUUUCUUUGCCACAAACAGAAAGCAGUUGAAUAUUGCUGAUUUUGGGAGAAUUUAUAUUGACAAUCAGAAAUGGAUGCUUCUGACAUUAACAGAAGCUUGGUAAGUGAACUCGAAGCAAUGGGAUUUUCAGAGGCUCAAGCCACCAAGGCUCUUUGUUCAUCUGGUAACUCAAGCCUUGAGGCUGCAGUAAAUUGGAUUGUUGAUCAUGAGGAUGAGACAUACAAUGAUGAGAUGCCCAUGGUUUCAGUUGACAUUAUUGAAACUCCUACUCCUACUUUCGAUUCGGAACAAGCAAAGUUGAAAGCACAAGAGCUGAGGGACCGAGCACGCAAGAGGAGAGAAGAGGAAGAGAAAAAACUGGACAAGGAAAGGGAGAAGGAAAGGAUACGUGCAGGCAAAGAACGGCUUGCAACAAAACGAAUGGCAGAGGAAAAUGAGAGGAAGCGUUUUGAAGCACAGAGGAAGACCGAAAAAGAGGAGGAGAGAAGGGCAAGGGAAAGAAUUCGUCAAAAGCUUCAGCAGGACAUGGCAGACAGGAGGGCUAGACUUGGUUCGUCUUUGAAUAGCGGUACAUCUUUAAAAUCCAUUAAAACCUCGAAGCCAGAGACAAAGAAUCCUUUGAAAGUUGAUUCUGCCGUGUUAUCUGGUAACUUAAUUACGAAGAAAGAGGUUUUGAUGGAAUGCUUAAGAUCUCUCAGGCGUCAGCACAAGGAAGAGGAUAUGAAAGUGCAACGGGCCUUCAAAACUCUGUUAGUUUAUGUGAAAAACAUCGUUAGCAAUCCUGAUGAUGGAAAGUUCAGGAAGAUCCGGCUUAGUAAUCCAGCUUUCCAGGCUAGAGUUGGGCUUUUCAAAGAAGGCGUGCAGUUUCUCGAACUCUGUGGGUUUGAAAGAGCUGAGAAAGAUGAUUUUUUGGUCUUGCGCAGCGACAAGGUCGAUAUGGCGCUACUGAGAUCAGCUGGCAUGGUUUUGCACACUGCCAUUACAAAUCCCUUCUUUGGGCUACUUUCAAUGUAAGGUGGUUUCCCCAUGGAAUUAGAGGCUUGAUGCUUGACACUCAACAGAGCACUAACUUCUAGUUGAUUUGACGACUUCUAUUGGACUUGAAUUUGUAUAGUAGCCUGAAUCAGAUAUUCUAUUUAUUUGAACUUUAAUGCCUCCUAUAAAUGUACUUGUAUGCAUAUGGUGUGUACUAUGUAGUUUAAUCUUCCCUCCCAUCCCCUGCCCCUCAGAUAUACAA